CAGACAGAGGCACGCAGCAGGCACCUCGGGGAGCUUGGGGAGCCGCGGUGCUCUCUUUCCCUGAGCUAGGUUUCUAUUGUAGGCGGUGCAUUCCUUGGGAGGGAGGGUGUGUGUGUGUUGGUGCCUUCCCACACUCGGGGCAGCUCUUAUUUAAUGGGGGUCUCCAUGCAGGGCAGACUCCAGAAGAGAUUUUGCCGUUCCCAGUUCCCAUCCAGGAACAGCAGCAGCUCGCACGCCAGACGCCGGCAUGGACCAUGUGGCUGAGAUAAACCUAGAGGAGGUGGCUCCUGGGACCAACCAAGCCUCCAGGAUGCACCUCAGGGAAGAUUUGCGGAGGAUACGGUGCGGGGUGCUGCUGUGCCUGCUCUCCGUGCUGCUCCUGGCGCUGCCCACUGCCUACCUGCUGGUCGGAAACCUCCGAGCCCCCAGCUCCUGCGCCAGCCAGGUCACAGAAGAGAGGGGCUCUCGCUUUCUGAAGCAACGGGCAGUACAUACUGUUACAGAUACACUUUCCAGUGCAGAAAAGCCAAGAGCGCAUCUGACAGUGAAGAAACAAGAUCUCACCAACACCGUGGGAAACCAUCUGCCAAUCCUGCAGUGGGAAGACAAGCGAGGCUUGGCCUUUACCAAGAACAACUUGAGUUAUUCCAGCAACGCACUGGUGAUACCUGUGUCUGGGGACUACUAUGUCUAUGCUCAGGUCACUUUCCGAGGGCCCAUUGAAAAUUACAGUAAAACUAAUUCUGUCACUGAGAUCAUCACCAAAGUCACUGACAGUUACCCUGAGCCCACCCAGCUGCUGACUGGCACCAAGACGCUCAGUGAAAAGGGAAACAGCUGGUUCCAGCCCAUUUAUCUGGGUGCUGUGGUCUCCUUAGAAGUAGGAGACAAGCUAAUGGUCAACGUUAGCGACAUCAAGCUGGUAGAUUACACUAAGGAGCACAAAACUUUCUUUGGUGCCUUUUUACUGUAGGUCCCUGGCAGCAGCUGGUGGGGGCUUCCCUUCAGGGCCCUGGUGUGACCGCGUUGGACCUUGGCUUUGUGGGUGUGCGUCGGGGUGCGAUCUCUGUACUGUUAUCCUUCCUCUGCACUGUCAUUCCCCUGCAGCUCCCUGCAGCCUUAAAUUAAGGGGUAGGGAAAGCUGAAGUCGCAGGUUGAAUUGAAACAAACAAACAAAAAAACCACAAAACAAAACAGAAAAAUGAAAAGUCAGAUUGGAGGAAAAAACAUAUUUUUGAAAGUAAAAACUGAGAGCUCUUCAAAACUUCGUAAGCUAGGGAGGAACAGUUUAUACCUGUGGGUAGGAAUAUUGUUCUUGAAUAUUGCAGCUAUGCUACAUCACUAGUUCCACCUCCAAUGCACAACUUCCUCAACUCAAAAAAGUGUUUUGAACUUUCUCCAGCACUUCCAGUAUAGUUUUGCAUGACCCUUCUUCAGAUUCUCAGUUCUAAAAGGUAAUUACUUUUCAUCAUUUCCUUAUGAAUAGAUUUGCUCAGUACUUUGCACUAACAUAAGGCUCAGAUUAAUCGUUAACUGCUUAAUUAAUCCCUUCCAACUUCCCUGUAAAGUAGAUUAAAAUUAUAUCUUGUGCUUUGCAGAAGCUACUUGAAAUUUUUUUUCCCCAAGAAAUUGUUUACAGUUCUUUAAGUCAACAUAUAGCCUCAAAACUUUAUGUGAAAUUUCUAGGGAACACACACAAACACUUUCUGUUUCAGCAUGAAAGUGGAAUCUCCCUGCCUGGUCCUAACAUUAGGAAAACAGAAAAGACAAGGCAGAGAGAGACACGCAGCAAAAUUUUCCACACUUUUUAAUUCAACCACUGAAAUUCUGAGAGUAAACCUCUGCAAUAUUUUGCUUUCCAUUAUGUUUAAUGCAAAGCAAGUGCAACUAAAGAAAUCACUGUCUUGGUGCUCCCCCUUGCAAUCAUUGUCAACGCUGGAGCGGUCCCCUGACCACAAGGGACUCCCCAGACUUUCCCUGGGUGAAGGCUGACAACCAGUAGUCCCUACACAAGACCAAAAGACCAAAGAGACAAUCACGGCAUGGCACAGCCAGGUGCGGAGCUCAGGAAUGUUUAGUUUCCCACCUUGCACUUAUUUAUUUUCAUAGACCUUACUGUUUCUCAGGGAAAUUCCCCAGCUUUCCUUCUCCUCCCACAAUAAAUACAUCGCUGACAAUGACUCAAGUAAUGUUCUCAUAGAUUUGGACUUUACACUCUUAACUUCCAGGAGGUCUCAUGCCUGAGCACCUACCACCCAGCCGCUCUGCAAUGACCAGGCUUCACUCUCUGCAAGUCUUUCUCUUUCCUGCCUCACCUUAUUGGAUUUCCUCCAGUUUCCACUUCUGGGCCAGAAGUGACAGCAAGGCUUGAUUGCCUAGUUAACGUUUCCACUUACAGCCACGGUGGGGCCGAAAGCAAACUGUUAGUGUUGGGGAGGCACUGAGGUUGGGGAAUACGUAGCACUGGGGAUGGGGGAUUGUAGCUGAAGAGAUCAAAUGGGCAGAGAAGUUCUCUGGUGGAGACAGCCUGGAGACUGUGUGUGAUAUUGCAGCCCAACCAGCAGUGAGACCAGGCUGUUUUGUCCACACUGAGCCUCUUCCUAGCAGGAGACAAUUUAUUACGAUAUAAAGAUCUGUUUGAGCUGACAAGGAAAAGUCCGGAGCACAGAGAAAGACCAAGGCACACUGGGGGUGAAGGGAGAAGAGGAGCAGAGCAGGAGGUGGGAGAUCCAAGCAACACCAGGAUCUCUGCCUUUUCAUGGCUUGGUGUAAGCAACUUCAUGGUGACAGCAUGGCUAUCUAUACCUCUUAAACCUAGCAGGUCUUUUAUGUAGUCAAUCAUCUCAGAAAAGAAGGCUUUUUGGCCAUCCUUCCCUAUUCUGCAAUUCCUGGGUCCCAUAGUAGGUCUCAGUCCAUCACUGUUUUAUCUACACUGAAACAGCAUUAAACACCUCACAAAAGCUCAGAGGAUAUCAUCUUGUCCUGCCCUUCUUUCCUCAGUGGGUAUCUGUCUUGCUUCCAGAUUCUCCUUGAAUCUAGUCAUUGGGUGUUGAUCCACUAUACAACACUGUGCAUCUAGGAGACCUUGCCAAUGUCCCCGCAUCAAAACCUCAUAACAGUUUGGCUUCCCAUCCUUUCUUUGACUUGUCCUUCGUUUUUCCCCACAUCUCAACUGUCUUCUUGAUCCCCUUCUCCCACGGGCACCUUCCUGCCUUCUUGGCCCUGUCCAUUAGGUGUAAGGACACCUCUUUGUCCAAAUCUCAUUUUCUACAUGUAACUUCUCUCUUACAAUCACACAGAGAAAACUGGCACCUGAAAAUAGGUCAGGAUGGCAGAAAGAUCCUGCUAGCAGGUGCAAAUGCUCUUGGUCAGAAAGUCCCUCUCACAUCUUUAUUAGCUAGAUUCACUUCCAUCUUUAAGUCCUUACUCCUAUGUUUCCUCCACCUGUUCAGCCUUUUCUUUUAAGCUGAAAUUGAGACGGGAACAGUUAUUCCCCAUGUAUCUGUUAAGCACCUAACACACAUGAUCUGGCCUCAUUACUUCUCAGAAAGGGUGUCUGGUCAUUCAGCUCCUUGGCAGGACUGUUUUUACCGCUCAGAACCACCCCCCACCACACUAAAAUCUGGUGAAAUUUUGCUCUCUUGGCAGUUCAAGACAAGAUUACUCUCUGGGAAACCCUAAGACUUUUCUUAUCUCAGAUUUUCUAAAGUGUUCUCUCAACACCCCACGUUGAGUCCUUCUGAGCUUCUGAUCCUUAGUUGUGUGCCCAAAAUAGGAUCUGAACUCAUGACAUUUGCAGCUCUUGCAGACCACCGCGUAGGGCACUUUAGGUCACUAGCACACGAAACAACAUGGUGAAUCUCAUAAAGGGAAAACUUAGAAGUGGCCUGUCCAGGACAGGUGAUUCUCAGCAACUAGGUAGGAAAGCUUCUGUGAAGUGUAUAUAGGAUGAAUUUGGUUUAUCCUUGGAGAAAAUGGGGGUGCAAAUUUCUACAAAUGAGAUGUAGCAUUCUUCUGGGGCCAUAACGCAAUCCUGAUAGGCUUAUACAGCAGAUUUCCAUAAAAACUAUCUAAAGUCAUCAUCCCUUAAUGCCUGGUGCACUGAAUGAUGGUAAAUAUGAGGUCUGGGGGAGAGGAGUGGUGAGUGCAGGUUUUGGCAUACAAUAAAAGAGCCUUCUGUGGGAUAUAUACACAUAUAUACAUAGACAUACAUAUAUAUUUGUGCAUAUUCCAUAGAAGUUCUAGGAAGCCCAUUGGCAAUAAUGAGUCCUUCCUACCACAAGACAAAUAAUUUGUGUCCACUGUACACUAAUGAUAAAUUUCACAAGCAAAAAAAUUGCCUGCUGCAGCUCCAUUACAGGUGUGACUCUCUUGAUCCAUUAUCCAUGGCACAAAAAUAUUUAUUUUCAUCCAGUUAGAACAAGCUUUUGCACCCUGUCACACACACCAGCUUUUAGCACACUUAGCACACUAGCACAUUUUAUAUGACAAAGUAAUAUAUCUGGCAUUACUUGUUUUAAAGUGGUGCAGGCAUAUUAAUCCACACAUCUAUCCUAGUGGAAAUUCUCUCUUUCUCUCUUUUUUUCCCCUCUCAGUGCUAAUAAUGUUUCUGUACCAGUGACCAGCAAAUAUAAUAAGUGUGCAGGGGCUGAUUCUGGCCCUGUUGUAUAUCAGAUAGUCAAUGUCAUGAAGUCAGAGUAAAGCCACUUAAGUGAGACAGAGGUCAAGCUUAAAGGGAAAUAUCUCAGACUGAACCCAAGCUGUGGAUUCUCAGAUUUUUCCAAAGCUAAAUAAGGACAGAAGUGUUCUCAGAAACUUGUGUUUAUUGAAUUAGAAAAUUUUCUUUAACGUAAAUCAUUUCUGGAGAUGUGAAAAUGCACAUGCAUCAGCAUUUUCAAUUGAAUGAGAAGAUGAUGAAAUCCAGUCAUGUGAACAAGUGACCUUUCAGUCUGUGGUCAAACUGAAAAUAUGCUUUGUUUUGGGUGGAUGUGAAACUAAAAGAGUUAUAAGAAAAAAUCCAAGAUGCAGAAAAAGGGUGAAAUAGGCAGCUCGUGCUAAAAGAGUUAAAAAUAUAUGAUUUCAGGUUUUGACCCUUACAUUUCUUGGCGGGGGGGGGAAGCACUUUUCAGAACAAUACGAUUGAAAGAAAAAAUAACAGAUUUUUUUUUUAAUAUGAAGUCUGAUAAAAAUAUUUUAGUUCUUCAGAAUUCUCUUCUUCCCUAAUCUCUUUGAUCCCCAAAAAACUAACACUCAAUAUAUCCUAAAUUCAUAAAAAGAUUCACUUACCUACCACUUCCUUUCCCCUUAACAAACAAAAAGUAUUGGUAAAUAAACAUUAACUUUCUCUCCGUAUACAUACGGAAGCAAAUUUAAAUCAAGCUAUAAGGAUCACAGCUGCAAUCUUACCAUCGUAUACUUGUGCUGUACUUAGUCCUGAGCAUGUAGCUACAAGGGUAUCAUUGUAAAAGUGAGCUCAGUUUUCCUAUUUGGUGUAUGGGAUGAGUAGAAUCUAUAUUGCUCCAAUUAAAAGUGGAUAAAAAGUUUUACCUAUGUUUACUCUCAACUGCAUCAUUAUAGGAACAACCCCCCAAAUCAAGGAGCGCUUACAUGGACCAUCUCCAGCACAUGUAUGUUGGCAGGAUUAGAGUCUAGAGGUGGAAAGUUGAAGGUCACAUUCCUUAGCAAAUUAUAACCCAAAUGACAAAAAGGAUGCUGCUGAGAUGAUUUUGGACAUAAGAGUUCAGUGGAUAUUAGGAUGACCCAGACCCCUGGUACAAAGGGACACUGCCAGGCUAUACUGAACCGCAGCACAGACCAACUGGAAUGGAUUAAGGUAUUCACUUGCGAUUUUCAACACUGAUAUUUCAGAAUUUUGAAGGAAUCUCAUUUUUCACCUCUGUAUGGUAUAACUGACCACACUGCGCUUAGUUUUAUUAAUCUCCUGAGUGGCCCAUCAUUUCAGAUGAGAAAUGAGGAGAAAGUUCAUUCUUUAGAAGAAUCAGAAAAUGUCAAGAAUUUUUGCCCAGAUCUGGGUAUUAGACACCAGUAUAGCAUUUUGCUAUUGUAAUGUAUUUUCAUAUAAGUGACUGUUUAUUGUCUUGUGCUUCAGUGCUGAUAUGUGUCUUUACCAGUAGAAGUGACUUAGCUUCUUGUUUCUAAGUUUUAUGAUAAUAAAAAUGCAAGUUAACUGUGAUAA